UAAAAAGAAAUUGCCGCUUAAAAGCUCUUCUAUUUCAGGAUUGCUUUGCCAGGGACAGAUUCUGUGGGAGAGCAUGAGUAGUAUUAGUAUGCACUCGAGAGCUUACUUGUUGCUCGAAAGAGAGUUUGCAGAACAUGAAGAAGCCAGGAUCUUUGGCAUUACUGUUGUUCCUGUGGGAGACAGCUUGAUGGAAUGGGUAGCUGAAAUGGAAGGCCUGAAGGAUUCCUUAUGGGAAGGAGCUGAUCUCCAACUAUCGUUAAGGUACACUGAAGAGUACAACUCAAUCCCUCCAAGCAUCACUUUUAACACUAUUCCAUUCCAUCCCAAUGUGGACCCAAAGACUGGAAGACCUUGUCUGGAUUUUCUAGAUGAUCCUACCAAGUGGAACACCAAAUUUACAAUGACUGGUAUCCUACUUAGUAUCCAGGUUUUGCUGUCUAAUCCAGUUUUGGAAAAUGCAGUGAACUUGGAGGCAGCUAAUUUGCUGAAGAACAAUUAUCCCCUGUAUAGGAAAAAAGUUAUACAGUGUGUCAAAGGUAGCCAGCACCUAGAAGCCAUCAGCUUGGAAAGAUCUCUCAGCAUAUUCAGGCAUCCCCAGGAAGAUGAAGAAUAUGACCGAGAAAGAUAUGUUACAUCCAUAUCGUUUGAAGAAUAUUACUGGACAUGGUAUAAAUUGGCCACAUCAAAAGCUGCAGAAGAGUUUAAAAGCCCAGUGUUUGAAGACCCAAACUUCAUAGGAAACCGCUAUGGAUGGAGAGCACAAAAUGUGGACAAAGGACAAUGGGAUGCUCUUACGCAUCGAUUGAUAAUCUCUGAGUUUAUCAAAAACCAAAAGAGAGAAAGAUUGGUAGAAAGCAAGAGAAGUGAUCAUCCUCUGCCAAGCCCAACUCCAGCAUCUGGAUCCCAGAAGACUUCUGGUAGAGAGUCUAAGAACAUGAGCCAGGAUGAGGAGCAAUGGGAGAAGGAAGCAGAAGAUCUAGUAAUGUGGUCUGCAAGCCUUGAGCACAUGAAAUUGGAUUAAACUACGAUCACUAAUGUAAUCAAGCAGGUUAAGAACAUAAUUGAGAAUAUCCAUGCUUCUUCCACUGUACCCUUGUCAACAUAUUUCCUUAUCUAAUAAUGACUUACUAGCUAUUCCUGACCAUACUAUUGGUUAGAAAAUAUAAUUUCUCUUA